AUGAUAGCGUCCAAAUCAGUAACUAAUUCCUCCCAACAUAGGCGUACUAAAUCUUCAGUACUAUCUAACUUAUCGUUUAUUCACAAGCGCAUACCCUCGGCUGGAGAUGUCCUAUCUGGGAACUUGAAUGACUGUUUCGUUGCAACUUCGAGUCCAGAAUCUUCACAAUAUCCUCAAUCCCACCAUUCAACUUACAAGGCCCUUGAAGAGCGACAUCAAAAUGAACAGUGUCAGCAGCCUGGACGCCCCGAAAAUUCCGACACAGGAAGAAAAACACUUAAGAAGACCAUUAGUUCGCUUUCCCUGAAAUCAACUUCCAAAAAAGAUACCGUUAAAGGAGCAAAAGCCCUCGAAUCCAAAUCAAAAAAGACAGCAAAAAUUAGAUCAUCCACCAACCUCACGAACUUACUAUCGCGACCCAAGUCUCAUGCAAAUUUAAGGAAGGAAGCUACUCCAGAUCAGAUACCGAUUGAUAAAAACAAGGAGAACAAACCACCUAUCUAUAAUUCUGAGAAGAAGAAUCAGGCUUCGUUGCGAGAACCAACUUAUCAAUACUUAACAUGCGAAGAAUCGAUAAGCCAGGUAGAGAGUGAUAAAUUUUUAGAAGAUGAGAUUCACCUAUAUACACCGCAAGUUUAUAGCCCUGGAAAGCAGAGGAACUUUUAUCAGACAGGAAAGCAGCCAACUCUUGGGAAACGUGACGAUACGUCACUCAGACCGCGAUCGACAUAUAUUCCUGGCCCUUUAAGUAUACAAGAUAUCAGUAGACGGGUUAGUGGAGGCUCGAGGAAUAGUGCAGAAUUGAUAAGAAGAGGGUCUGAGAAAUUUCAAAUACAUGAGAGAAAGUCAUCUCUCACAGUACCAAAGCUUGAAAAGCCAGAGAAAAUAAAUCAAAAUAGAGGCCAACGUGUUUUAGCAGCCGUAUCAUCAUCAUUCGGCGCUAAGGUAUUCAAAACUUCGGAAGACCGAUCCCACAAAAUUAUUGAUGAUAAUGACAUAAGUAUGGAAUUUGAAGCAAUGCUGGAUAGAAGGAACAUACCUGAACAUCAGCGUGACAAAAUGCGGAGCCUGGCAAUGACACUUAAAAAGGAUUUUAUCAAGCAAGAUCGGGCUGAAAUAGCUGCCUCCAAGAAGAUCAAGAACGAAAAAAAUAAUACAGACACAGUCGCUAAUUUAACAUUUAGUAUGAAUGAAUUACCAGAACCUACUCCAAGAAGACCCAGAAGCCGAACCUUUACCAUAUCUAGAACUUCAAGCAAAGACUAUGGUAUAUCAUUCAAAAAGACUAAAGCAGAUUCUACACACAGUAAAAAUACUCAUCGAAAACCUAGCGAGAGCCUCAAGAGUAGGGGAAAAUUAUUUGCUGGUGUAGGUACAAGUGCAGCACAAAGUAUAAUUGCCAAGACAAAAGUUGGUCGAUUACAUAAAUUGCGACUUUUACUGCGCAAUGAAACCGUAUCAUGGACGGAUGAGUUUAUCAAACAGGGAGGAAUGGGAGAAAUAGUUGAGCUUUUACACCGGAUUAUGGCGAUUGAAUGGAGAGAAGAACAUGAAGACGCUCUUUUACAUGAGGCCCUAUUAUGCUUGAAAGCUCUUUCAACUACCGCUCUUGCUCUUAAGUACCUCGACGAUAUGCAAAUAACUCUUUUUCCAGCCUUGCUUCAUAUGGUAUUCGAUGCAGAGAAAAAAGGCCCUAGCGAGUUCACUACCCGUAAUAUAAUAACGUCUCUUCUUUUCACCUACCUGAAAUCAGCACCAAUCAUAAAUCGCCAAGAAAGAGCUAGAAGUGUUCUCUCCUAUCUUCAAGACCCAGAGCCGAGCGAGUCACAAAAACCUGUCGGAUUCAUAUUUCAGAUGAGACGACCGCGUCCGUAUCGGACAUGGUGCAAAGAAGUCGUCAAUGUAUCGAAAGAAGUUUUUUGGAUUUUCCUUCAUAAUCUCAACGUAAUUCCAAAUUCCGAGUCUCAACACAGCGUAGAUAACGUAACUUGUGAAGGCAAGAUCCAGUCUAAUUCACCAGUAAUAUCACAAAGCUGCGAUAGCCCAAAUAAUAUUUACUCGUACAUGUCAAAGCACUUUCCACAAGAGCGGCCUCCCAUUCCGGCGGCUCCUUACGUAGGAGGUGUAGAAUGGGAUGCAACCAAUUAUUUAGCAUCGCACUUAGACCUCUUAAAUGGUAUUAUAGCCUGUCUCCCUGAUAGAGAGCAGCGCAAUACACUUCGUGAACAGAUGCUUGUUUCAGGCUGGGAGAAAUGUAUGGGCGGUACUCUUCGUCUUUGUAACAAAAAGUUUUAUUUGAGCAUUCACGCUGGAUUGUGCUGCUGGGUCACAGCCGCGGAAGAAGAUGGAUGGGAAACCAAAGAUGUGAGAUGCGGUCCUUACAUGGAGAGCAAAGAGCCUAUUUGCAAACACCCUCCAAAAAAAGCUGACCUUAGCGUGCCAAAAAUCGCCCUUAACUUUCUUGGAAAUUCUGAGGUUGAGAAGGAGGUUGAUUCUGAGAGCGUGUGGCUGUAA